ACUAACAUUUUUAUUACAGUAUCUCUUUCCUUCCUCGUAAUCCACACACAAAUUUCUUACAGUAUUAGAUUUGCCGUUAAUUGAAAGCAACGACAAGCCCACAAUUGACAAACCAACAACGGCACCACCGCAAUCAGUCACCCACCUCCCGCAGUCCCUCCGGGCCUCCCCACAACUCUCCUUUAUUUCCAUUUCAAACCCCCCCACCUUUCCCACAAUCACUUUCGCCCCCCUGAAAACAAAAACAAAAAAAAGCCAACGCACCCGCCGUCGCGACCCCCGCCCGCCGGUGACGAACAUGAAGCGGGGCUUCCGUUUCUCGCUCCCCGUCACCGUCGUGAUCACCGCCGUUGGCUACGUCUACGUCUCGACGGUGUUCGUGUUCGUCGACCAGUGGUUCGGGCUGUGGUCGUCGCCCGGGAUCAUGAACGCCGUCGCCUUCACCGGCGUGGCGAUCGCGUGCGUCUUCAACUACGCCGUCGCCAUCUACACGGAUCCGGGUCGGGUCCCCGCCACAUUCAUGCCCGACGUCGAGGACGCCGAUAACCCCGUACAUGAGAUCAAGCGCAAGGGUGGAGAUUUGAGAUACUGCCAGAAGUGUUCCCACUAUAAGCCUCCCCGUGCACAUCAUUGUCGUGUAUGUAAACGAUGUGUUUUGCGAAUGGACCACCAUUGCAUAUGGAUGAACACUUGUGUGGGCCAUGCAAAUUAUAAGGUCUUCUUCAUUUUUGUUCUGUAUGCUGUAAUUGCGUGCAUUUACUCCCUGGUUUUGCUUGUGGGUAGUCUAACGAAUGAUUCUGCAAAAGAUGAGGAGGAAAGUGAAGGAUCUUUCAGAACUAUAUAUGUCAUUUCGGGGCUGUUGCUCGUCCCAUUAACUGUGGCUCUGAGCGUUCUUUUGGCUUGGCAUGUCUACCUCAUUUUGCGAAAUAAGACCACUAUAGAGUACCACGAAGGAGUGAGAGCUAUGUGGCUAGCAGAGAAGGGAGGGGAUGAUUAUUCACAUCCAUAUGAUCUUGGUGCUUAUGAAAACCUUAUUUCGGCGCUAGGUCCAAAUGUACUUUGUUGGGUUUGCCCUAGAUCGAGGCAUAUUGGUUCUGGUCUUCGUUUCCCGUCAGCUUAUGAGAAAAAGGCUGGUGCAUCAGCCUCUAAAUGAGUUUGAGUGUUGUUUGGGUGUCGAUUAUGAUGACAACACGAAGAUAUUGGACUAUUUAAUGUCAAGAGACUGAUGUAUAUGCAUAGUAUGAUCAUGUGGGUGAAGUCUGGUGUUCCACUAUAAGUUUCAGAAUUGGUGCAUCUGUCCUAGCUGGGGUGAAGUUGAGGAGGGAGGAAGAUAUAAAUUUUGGUGCAAUCUGCUUUAUCACAACUGUUGCAAUAGCCAGCGGGAACGAGUUUUGAAGGAUUUUGAGAUGUAGAUUAGUGUCUCGGCGAUUUUACCGAAUAUGUAGAGUUUAGGGGUGUCAUAUUUUGUUGAUGCGUUGUGUAUAAUGAGGGAAUCACCAUCCCUGUUAACCCAAAACCAAAAUGUCUGUUGAAAUGAGCAAAUUCUUCGGCAAAUACAUACCAAUUGUGACAACUGUAACUUUGCCAAAUUGAGAAGCUUUUGGUUUGUGUGAUUUCCAAUUAAUUCCAGGAUUCUAAUUCCCAA